ACGUUCAGCUUAGGCAGCAGCAGCCUUGGGGAAAAUCCAGGCCCUUUGCCUGACCAAGCCACCCUGAGUCCCCAGACUUUCUAAGGUCUGCUCCCCCGCCCUUGCAUUUCAGAGGCCUAACUUUUGCCCAGCAGAGGAGUGAAAUGGAGCCCUGGAUAGCCAUCCCAAACCGGUCUCAUUCACAAGACAAAUAUUCAAGAAAACAAUCAACAGGGAUACCACUGAGCAGCUGGUUUCAACCAAGCGCCCGGCCAGAAGUCCCCACCUGGACUCGGUGGUCGGCCCCCAUCGUAUGGGAUGGGACAUUCAAAACCUCUGUCCUGAACAGUUACUACAAGCAGCAGGAAAUCACCAUUGGCCUGACAGUUUUCGCCAUUGGGAGGUACCUGGACAAGUACUUGAUGGACUUCUUAGUGUCCGCAGAUGUCUUUUUCAUGGUGGGCCACCGGGUGAUCUUCUACAUCAUGGUUGAUGAUGUCGCCAAAGUGCCUGAGAUCACGCUGGGCCCACAGCGGACGCUGAAGCUCUUUCAGAUCAAGCAGGAGAGCCGGUGGCAAGACGUCAGCAUGAUGCGGAUGAAGACCAUUGGCGACCUGGUGGAGGAAUGCAUCCGCUACGAGGUGGACUUUGUUUUCUGCAUGGACGUUGACCAGGUCUUCCAGAGAGACUACGGGGUGGAGGCCCUUGACGAGUCAGUGGCCCAGCUCCAUGCCUGGUUUUACAACAUGCAGAAGAUGUCCUUCACCUACGAGAGGAACCCUGCGUCGGCUGCGUACAUCUCUUACGAAGAGGGGGACUAUUAUUACCACGGGGCGGUGUUUGGGGGCACCCCGCUGCAGAUCCUGAACCUCACCAGGCAAUGCUACCAAGGCAUUCUGCGAGACAAAGAACAGGACAUGGAAGCCAUCUGGCACGACGAGAGCCACCUUAACAAGUACUUCCUGCUCAACAAGCCGGCCAAACUGCUGUCCCCCGAGUAUUGCUGGGAUUAUAAGAUCGGCUCCUCCUCUCAGAUCCACAACAUCAAGCUCUCCUGGAUGCCAAAGGAAUACAAAAAGGUCAGAGACAACUCCUGACCUGCCCCAUGCCCUCAGAACAGCCUAACUCUGCAACCUGGGCCUCUUUCUGACCCCUGCAGAAGAAGGGGGGCAAGCUGGGACGGCUGGCAACAGUGAGGAAGAGUUGAGCCUGUCUUCCGCCACCACCUGUGCCGCCUGCAGCCCCUUCUGCCCACUGCCAGCUGCCAUCGUAGUUUCUUGCAGCAUCUGGCAGUAGAUUCUUCCAGGCAACCUUCUCUGUCCAUCAGUCUACUUCGUGCAUCGCCCACAACAGCUCAUUGUCGGUUGCAGCGUCUGAGGUCUGGUGGGUAAGCUUAGCCUUGUUUUUCGAGACUCCUCGAAGAGGGGAUCAGAGCUGUGCUUUGUAGCCAUUUAAGCCUCUGUGCCUUUCUCCACCCCCCUCCACCUGGAAUCUGCCUUUCAUUCUCAGAUUUUGCAGUUUGCUCCACCUUUCAAAUCCUGGGUGCUUGGAACUCUUCUCUGUUCACCUCCCAAGCAGCAACGUUUCUGAAACAGCAUCUCUCCUUUCGCAAGAACACUCUUGGGCACAUGGAUUCCCAACUGUCACUCGUGUUCUCAAGAUAUUGCAAAGCAAGGGCGCGAUUUCAGUGCCAAAUGGAAGGGGAAUUCACGAAGAGAAGCAAAGAGCAGGCUUCCGUGCUUCCCACUCGGGUACAGAGAGCGAAGCCUACGGGAGAAUUCAGGGGGCGGUAGACGUUUAUGCAGCUAACGGCGGCCAAUCCAUCCUAGGCCCCUCUUUCAGAUCCUUGGGGAAUCUCCUCACUCAUUCAGGAGCAAACGGGCUAUACGAAGCCACGCUAAGCAAAGGCCAGGAGGGCCAGCAGGAACUUGCCUUCCGAGCUCCAAUGCUUAGUUUUCCAAAAUGGGGAUUUUUCUUUUUGGGAUCCAAAUAUGCACGGAAGCCUCCCUCCCCUUCAACUAAAACAGCACUCCAGGGAGAUUUUUUUUUCCUCCCGUAUCCCAACAGCAAAGCUCACCAAGUUCACAGCCUGGACAAAAUAAAAAAGGCACCAGCUUUUGUCACUGUGCUGGCACACAGGAGCGCUCUGUUCCUCUUGCACCUGCCAAGAUUCCCAACUCGACUCUGCCCCCCAGACUAAUGGAAAUACCUGCCUGCCCCCUCCCCUGCCUCAUUUGCACAAGCCAAAAUUAGCUGUCUUCAGCUACACGGGUAAUCAAUGGUACACACUGCUGAGGACUGACGGUUCUCAAAUUAGAUGCCAGGCACCCCAGGAAGCCUCCUGCUUCCAUUCUUUCCUUUUCAAGACAAGCCUCUUCUCACCCUCAUGGGCCCAAAAAUUUGGACCAGCCUGCUCAGGGACGUGCUUGGGGGACUGUUAGAGCUGGAGGAAAAGAGGGAACCCAAAUCCUGGGGCUGCCCUGAAAGUGCCUUCUAAAUGCAGCCUGAGGGCUCCUCCUCACAUCCUUCGGGGGCUCCAUCUGGCCCUUAUCCUGAACAUCCACAGGUCCAGUUUUAAAACCAAGCAAAAGAUUCAAUUGAGUUACUGGCACAAGGGCACUCCGCCCUGUCACGCCUCCUUCUACCACCCUCUUGACCCACACAAAUCCAUGCACACUCAGAUGAGAGAUUUAUGAACUGGCAGGCACCUUGAGAAUUGUAGGACCAGAAACCCGGCUUCCCCAAUUCCCUUUAAAAUGAUUGGUAAUUUAUUGCCUUCUAAAUGACAAAAUAAUAAAUGCAAAUCUUAUUUUA